CCCUUUUAACAUAGGAAAAAGUGCGGGCUUGUGGAAUAGGCCAGAGAGUAAACAACACGGUAGUUUCGCAUGCGCAUUCCAAAUCGUCGCUUAAAAUGCGCUAAAGUGUAAUCAUGAGAAGUGAUAACCGUGCAAACAUGGUCAAUCUGUGCAGUUUACUCCUGAAAUACAACAAUUUCAGCCAAGUAGAGGACGAUAUAUUCCUGUACAUUGAUCGCAUAUUGGAAAACACUUUUGAAAUUCACAAAAAACAAACAGAAGCAAGUAAACAGUUAGCAGCACUAGAGGAACAAAUAGCAGAGAAACAGAAGCGCUUGCAUACAUCCGUGAAUUUGUGCCAUUCUCCUUCACCGGUAAAGAAACGCAAAGUGCAGUCUUUGGACUCAUCGCAUACGGCGUGUAAAGAAAAUGUGUCCUCACUGGAAGAUUCUACCUUUUUUCCACACAAAUCGGACUCGGAUGUGUCGUCGAAGUUGGAUCAGAAUAUAUUAGAUUCGGACGAGCCAUUCUUCGCUCUGACCCAAACUCCUCCUACACCCGCUCAGCCAGCGCGGGAAGUUCUUUCUCCUCGAAAUGAACCAAGCCCGAAGGCGUCAAUCGUACGUGCAGCAAAGCUUUUGUUUGUGGAUGAAAUUAAAUCACCGAAGAAACUUGCUGCCGAAUCAUUUCCCGCGGUUGACCGAAAACCGAUCGUCCCUUCGGCAGUUACACCCACCUCAACUAGCAAGUGGACCGGUAAAAAGUGUAAAGAAAAACCAGAAUCUUCUAACAGCGCAGAACACACACCAACAGGGCUUAAACGGUUCCACUCGCUGGCGGUAGGUAGUAAUCAACGUUUCCGUCAAGGAAAGCUCAACUUUCCCCGCCAAAACAAACACUCACCGAGAAACGAACCUGAGCAUGUAGUAAAUGAUACUAUGUUAAGCGAUUUUGUUGUACCAACACCACCAUCAGUGGCAAAUAAGUCGAAAUUUUUGCGAAGUUUACGAAUGAAAAAGCAAUCCACAUUAAUAUCCAAAGGACAAAGCGAUCGAUCAGCGACUAUGGAAAGCUCUGUUGUUAAAGCACACUCCACAGCUGGGGAGGAAAAUAAAAGCGCUUUGCUUCAGCAUGAUGAAACUGAUGAUAUUAAUCAAACGUAUUGUCCUGGUGUUGAAUCAAUCAACCGCAUUGUAAAGGAUAUAUCGGUUAAGAUAAAACAGGAACUUGUGUCACAGCCCGAAAAGCAACUUGCUGCUAUUAAACGGACGGAUUAUGUUACGAACCAGCACCAGCAGAGCAGUAACGAACAUUCGAUAUCGAAUGAAAUUAUACUUAUACCGCCACCUAGCCAACAGUCCAUCGUAACUGUGGUUGAAUCACAAAAUGAAAAUAAUGAAUUUAUUACCGAACUGCACAACGAACAAACGAAACGCACCAAGGAAACGGCGGGACUAGGAAUGAGUUCCACCUUAAGCAACAAUGUGCAACGCACUAAUACCGAAUUUGGAGGACCAUCAGAUGGGAUCAACCACCUGUACAAUCGUAACAUAGAACAACUGAGAGAAGCUUUUUGUAAUGAUUGUAUGAAGCUUUACAAGUAUUACAUCGCACGUGGCGUAUCGAAUGAUGCCGCACGUACGAAAUUACCACGCCAUUGCCGUAGCUGCCGGUUAGCUCUGCUGCAUGAAACACCAUCCGGGUUUUGGGAUCCUGAUUUUCUUCCCACACCACAGUAACCAAUUAGCCAUACUCGAACGGCCAUAAUCAUCGCCCUGGCGCAACGAAAGGCUACCCGGUACACGUGGAUUACGGUCGUGAAAUUCGAGCUUCGUCACGAGCAGCUUGGUGUAAUGUUUAAUACAGAUACCGUAACCAUCGUUCAGAUGGCCCCAAAGCUUUCCCGC